AAAAAUAUCGAUACCUUUCCUGUUUAUCUAGAAUCUAGUUGUAGACCUAGAAUCUAAUCUAGAUCUACAUAGAUCUAUUUAUUGUUUUUCUUUCGCAAAUGUAUUUUUAACAUAGACCUAAUUCAUAAAGCUCAGACUGAAAAUAGAUCUAAAUCUAGAUCUAUAUUCUAGUUAUUAUUUUCGUAAAAAUAUUGAGCUUGCUAAACCCUUUUCCCUUGGCAAUAGAUAAAUUACACCAAGAAUAUUUCAUGGAUAGCAUCAGAAAACUUGUCAACUUAUACUUUCAACUUAUGAAUAAAACUUCUGCUUUGAAGAGGUUAACAGAAAAGGAGAUUGCGAGAAUCAAAUAAUUGCAAACUGCCAGUAUUGACAUUUUCGUGUAAGGAUGUCUGCUGCCUUCAAAAGAGAUGUUUCUAUAAAUCUUGGAUACUAUGAUGAUGCUCUGGGUGAUGUGUCUAGGAAACGACAGUCUAUUUUGAGAUCAUGGCGUCGUCUGUCCAGCUUACAGCGCAUGGUGAUAGGACUUCUUUUAUUUGCAACCCUCAUUAUAGCCAUUUUUGUCUUGCCUGGAAUUCUCAACAAAGAUAACCUCUUGUCAUCAGAUCCAGACAUAAAAAAGGUGCAUUCAGAUACAGAUAAAUUAUUUGGUGAUUUACAUCAAAUACAAAAUGUCGAGCAAUUGGGGGAUAAACUGGACAGUCUCAAACAAAAGGCUGAGGAGGAUCAGCUGAAAGAGAAGGACAGAGGGGGUGGUCUAAAAGUAGAACAAGUGGUCCCACCAGUAGAUGAGCACAGUGAGAUAUCCAGUUAUGAAUUUUUUGCUCAAGAACCUAAUGCUAAACAGAAACAAAUUAUAGAUGCCUUCAAGCAUGCCUGGGCAGCCUACAAGAAAUAUGCCUGGGGACAUGAUGAGCUGCAUCCUAUCAGUAAAACAUCAUCAGAGUGGUUUGGCACUGGGCUGACACUAGUAGACUCUCUGGACACUCUGGUCAUCAUGGGGCUAAAAGAAGAAUAUGAAGAGGCCAAGGAAUGGGUGGAGAAGCAGCUUUCAUUCAAUGUUGACAACUAUGUAAACUUGUUUGAAAUCACCAUCCGUAACCUUGGAGCUUUACUGGCUACAUAUCAUCUGACUGGUGACGAUGUGAUGAAAACAAAAGCAAUUGAUCUAGGUAAAAGACUACUGCCAGCAUUCAACCAUGGAUCAAAAAUACCUUUUUCUGAUGUCAAUCUUGCCAAUGGUGUAGCUCGUCCACCUAAGUGGGGCCCAGAUAGCAGCACCUCCGAGGUGACCACCAUACAGUUGGAGUUCCGUGAUCUCUCAAGAGUGUCAGGAGAUAAAGUGUAUGAUGAGGCAGUUCAUGAAGUGUCCAUGCAUAUUCAUGAGCUCCCCAAAACAGACGGCCUUAUUCCCAUAUUCAUCAACGCCAACUCUGGAGAUUUCCGUCCAGGAUCAACAAUCACCAUGGGAGCUAGGGCAGACAGUUACUAUGAGUAUUUGUUGAAACAAUGGUUGCAGUCUGGAAAGAAACUAGUUGUGUUUAAAGAAGACUUCAUCUCAAGUUAUGAGGGGGUCAAGAAAUCAUUAAUGAGGAGAUCAGAGCCCAGCAAGUUAUUGUUCAUUGGAGAAUUGUUGAAUGGUCGCAACUUUAGCCCCAAAAUGGAUCACUUAGCUUGCUUUUAUCCUGGCACUUUGGCUUUAGCCUACCACAAUGGUCUGGGAGAUGAGUAUCUGGAGUCUGCCAAGGAAGUACUGAAGACAUGCUGGGAAAUGUACAACAGGAUGCCUACCAGACUUAGUCCAGAGAUCACCUACUUCAACUUGGCAGAGGGAGUUGCAGAAGAUCUUAUUGUCAAGCCUCUGGAUGCUCACAACUUACUGAGACCAGAGACUGUAGAGAGCAUGUUCUAUUUAUAUCGCAUCACUGGGGACCAGAAGUACCGAGACCAAGGCUGGCAGAUCUUCUUGGCUUUUGAAAAGCACACUAAGCUGAAGGAGUCUGGCUACUCAUCUAUCAACAAUGUGAAAGACGCUGGUAACCCAAGGUUUAGGGACAAAAUGGAGAGCUUUUUCUUGUCCGAAACUCUGAAAUAUUUAUACCUGUUAUUCAGCGAUGACCCCAAACUGAUCCCGUUGGACAAUUAUGUUUUUAACAGUGAAGGCCAUCCCUUGCCAGUAUUCAAAGACAGCGUUGUGCCAUAAUUUUUCUUUAACCAAUCAUAAGAUUUCUUUGUGGUGACUUUUGUUGCCGAAACAUUCUUCGUGCCUCAUACACAUUGAUUCAUGACCUAUUUCUGCUCAAUGGAUUGUGUUUUUAUAAACCUUUUUCAGUUCUGAACUUUUAUUUGAAACUCCAAAGAAUCACAUUGGCAAAACCUACCAAUUACAAAGGUAAUGACUUUGCGUUACAGAAAACUGCUGAUUGGUAAAUUUGAAUAAAUAAAGUCCAUCUUUUAGCACUUCCUAAGCAAUGGCAAGAUGGGUGAGUGUGUAAAAAAGUUGCUCAGUGGCUGAAGUGUUUGGCGUUCAAAUCCUAAAAAUGAAAAUGUUUUGUUUGCUUUGGUUUUUUUUUACGAUUCGAAGAGAACCUACCCAGCUAAAAUGUUUACAGCAUCAAUCGGUUUUGUUAAAGGUGGUUGGGCCGUCAAGUUGUCCUUACUUACUUACUUAGACUUAGUCUGUCCCACACCGUUCGGCACAUUGGGCGUCAAGCACAAAGCAUUAAUCGUUGAUCAUAGAAACAAGAAAUUGUGCUAUAAAUCUUUGGAUAAGGUCUAUAUCACUUAUUCAGAGCAUGAAGUCAAGGCCAAUUCUGUAAAAAAAAAUUAUAUUCAGAGCAUGAAGUCAAAGCCAAUUCUGUAAACAAAAAAAAUGAUUUACAUUAUAUUCAGAGCAUGAAGUCAAGGCUAUGAAUCGAGGAACAGAUGUUGAUGAGGCUGUGAGUCUUUAUUUCCUUAUAUUUUGUAAGAACAAACUUGGAAGGUUUGAUUCUCCCAUUUUCGUUCCCACUCCUGAGCAUAAUGUUGUUAUAGUAUUAAUUCUUUUAUGAUUCCAUGAUUGCAUAUUUUCUCUAUUUGAUUUUUUGUUAACUUGGUCAUUGUACAACUUAAUUGUCAUCUCUUUCAAGUAUUAAUGGAAAUGCUGGUACAUUGAAGUUUAUGAGGGCAUCCCUUGACAUUUUUACAAUCUGUUCUCUGAUUGGAAGCAACCAUUUUAACUUACCCAACAAGUUCAUCUAUCACACCCCCUUCCUUCUUUGCCAAUGUUUCUAUUUCUGCCCUUAUUUUGCUGAAGCUCCUCCCUGAUCAGCUAUCUCAUUUUUUGUUUUAAUUCUAAAGAUAGCUGUGGAGUUCAUAUAUAUCCUGGAUUGAUUGCCUGUAGCUAAAUGCUGGAAAAUGUUCAGAAAGUUGAAAGAAACUAAUGGAACUUAAUUAGUUAUAAAUAUAAAUAUUGAAAUGAGGUCUACUAACAUUAGGCAUUCUUUAUCAAUUAUAAGACUGAUUCAGAAAUGAUAUUAGCACAGCUUACUAUUAGACUUUUAGCUGGAUAUCCAAUUCUAGAACCUAGUUAUAUCAUGUCAGGAUAUCAGAACCAAGUUAUAUCAUGUCAGGAUAUCAGAACCCAGUAAUAUGUUUAAUUGAGUAUAUAUUACCUGCCCUGGUAUGUUCUGAUUUCUGUCUUUUGUAUUUAGCAAUAACUCAAGUUUUUGAUAGCCCUCCAUUGACCUUGACUUAUGUAACAUGUUGUUUCGUUCCUGCUGCCCUGAUUCAAUGAACUUGACAGUACAUUGGCUUGCUGACUUGAGUUUCUUUUAUCAUUAAGUGGUUGCUCUUUAUUUGUUUGUUUUAUAUGUUUUUAUGUUUUAAUAUUUUUUCAAAGACUUCAUCUGACAUCACAUUUUCCAAAAUGAGGUUAAAAGUGUUGACAAACUAAGCAUUUUUUUUAUCUCAAAAAGUAUACAAAUUCAUAUUCUGAACAACAAAAUCAAAGUUUAAGAGUACAAUUGAAUCCUUUUUAUUUUGUGUGUUGAAUCACUUGCGGUUGCACACAUUCAAACCAGCAUAGACCCCAGUGGAAAUCAUGUCAGUUAUGAAGAGCUUUAAUGUUGAAGCCUAUUUCUUGGACUGUUAAUAUUUAAAAUGUAUUCCUGUCAUUGUCAUUGUGGUUUUGAUUUAUAAGCUACUCAUGGGAAAUAUUACAUUUGUUCUCUAAUUUAUGUUCUUAUUCAAUGUUGUGAACAAAUUUCCCAUUAAUUUAUAAAAGUAUAACAGUGUAUCUAGUGCCAACAUUUAUGGAGUUGUUGGUUCUUCAAGUGGGUUGUGGUUAAAAACACUGAGAUACUUUGCUUGUAUUAUUUUGAUGUACUUGAUUUGAGGCUUGGGACCUAUCAUUUGAUGUUUGUUUCCAUGUGAUGUACUUGAAACUUGGGACCUAUCUGCUUGCUUUGUUUUGUUGAAGCUUGAGGUUUGUUUAUAUAAAAGUGAUAUGGGUGACUUUUGUAUAAAUAUUUUAGCUUUAAAUGUUAAAUUCAUCUGAUUAAUUGCAUUUUUAGCUUGGGUUUUUCUUUUUUUCCCUAUAUUUACUCAGUGGAGUGAUUUGAUUUGUUUACAAGAGUACAGUUAACAUUGUUUUAAUUGGAUAAUUGAUUUGGUUGGGCACAAAUGGGUGUCAUGCAUUGUUUUGGGUCAAGGUGAUACAUUUAACACUUUGCCUCUGCAAUUAUUUUGAUAGAAGAAUUUAUAUUUUUCAUUUUUAAUGAUGUGUGUAGUUGCCAAUUGAAGGAGCUUGAGUUCACUUCUCAGUGGAGACUUGGAAUUUUGAGAUUUCCAUAGAGCUGAGUUAUAUUUGCUAAGUAUCUAAAGGAAGCAUGUAAAUCUCAUGUGGGGAACACAUUUAAAAAAAAAGGUUGAGCAAACUGAGCAUGCUCCAGUAAAAGCAUGAAGAUGCACUACAGAAAUAUGAAUAAUAAAUAUGUUGAAACUUGAGAAACAGUUUUACUUAUGCAAGGAAUCAACGAAAUUCUUAUAUAAAUUACAAAAUCUGUAUAAAAAUAAAAGAUUAUAUAAAUUUAUUUAAUUAAAAAAAAAAGGUUCAUUAGAAAGGAAUAAGAGAACAAAACUAUGUACUGUAAGGAGAGUUUAUUUUAAUUAGAAAAUAUUUGACACUUCACCAUUAGUGGCUUUGUUUUAGCGUUUAUUUCUUUAAUAACAUGAAUUAUAAGAUAGGAGUUAUUGGAAGCUAAGAAACUGAACGUUGUUUAAGAUGUUUUGCCUUCAGCAAUAAACCUUUAGCUUCUCGCAUCCCAGAGACACAAAGAGUUAAUAUGUAGUACCAGUUAAUGACUUUUACCUCCCUUUAUUGGCUGCUGACACCUUUGGAAAUGUCUCAUGUUUUGUUUCACUUUGUUAAUAUAAGAACAUAUCUGUCAUAUAUUCUAUUGUAUCAGUUGAGACUUUUGUCAUUGAUUAUUGUUUUCAUGUUAAAAAUGGUGUAACUACACAAAAUGACAGAAGCAUGCAUUUCUUAGGUUUGUUUUAAAUUUUAGAAAUCUUAGAGUAGCAUAGAGUUUCAUUCUAAGAAAAAAAAAAUUGCUUGAAGUUCCAUUGGCUGUUGUAAUACAUUUCAAUUACAAUUAACUCUUGAUAGUCUGAUUAGGACUGAAGGGGUGCAGGAUUACUAUAAACAUUGGAUUACCAAUGGUUAGCUGUACUUCAAAGAAUUUAAAUGUAGCCUGUAUGUCAAGAAAAGUAUAUUUAUGAUGUAAUAAAUAUACUCCUAGAUUUUCAAGGGUACAAAAAUAAGCAAUAGACUAAAAAGAAAAAUUAAUUACAGUGUAAGCCUACCUUCUAUCUCAAAACAAACAUAGCUUAGUAUGCAUUAAUUACUUUGGUGCCUCGGCACGCUAUCAAGAGUCAACGGUAUAUUUAAUGUUACAUAUUGUAUUUUUUAUUGUCCUGUCCCGCUUAUAAAUGUUUGUGAAGAAAUGCUAAGGUCGUUUCAACCUGUGCUGUUAACGUAGGCUUUUUAUGACCAAUUUUCAAAUUUCGGAAGGAUUUCAUUAGUCAAACCAACACAGCAUUUUUAAAAUGCAGACACUGACCGUGUGUUUGUCCACAGUGAUAGUGAUCUUAAUUGAAAGUGGGGCUUCUUUUCUUUCAACAGUCAGCUCUGCGGAACUGAGAACAGGCUGUUUUAUUUAUUUCUUUGUUACUUAACCUAGCUCUUAAGGUUGUCUUGUUUAUUUUGAGUAAAUAUUUAACGAAACAAAUCAAACAUGAGUAGUUUAAAUUGUAAAAGACCUAACUAUAAUGAGAAAUAAUUUCUGUCAUCUUAUUUAACAUGGCAGUUUAAUGGCAGUAUAUUUAAAUCGUACAAUAAAAUAAAUUUCAUAUCAUUUUAUCACAAUUUAAACACUAAAUGUUCUUUGGCUUUACUUUUAUGAUCUCUAACAAAGCAAUUCUUUUCCAAAUCUAUAUCACUUAACUCUUGGAUGUUAUAUUCAAAUUUGAAUUUGAUUGACCUCUUUUUUUUUUUUAGUUAGGUCAGCAUCCUAUUCAACUCAGUACUUUCAGAAGCAAUACAAUGAUCACAACAAAAAAAAACAACAACAUUCACACAGUGACCUUGAAUUUCAUCUCAUAUUCCAUUCUGCGCAAUUCUGUCUAUCCACAUACAUUUGUUUGUAAAAAAAAAUAAAGGAUUCAAUUCAUAAUGCAAUAAAAUUUAGGUUUUUAAACACAUUAAAUGGGGGGGGAAAAAAACAGGCCAAAAAACAAAAAGUUUUUAAUGAAACAUGUUGAAAUGCCAAAGAAAAAAAUCUCAAUUUAUUAAGAAACAAAUAAACAUCAUCUUGAUUUAUUCACCGCUAGAGUUGAUCUUACCAAUGGCUGGUAGCGCUGACCUAGAUUCUUCUUCUUAAGCUUCUUCCAUAGAGUCAAAGCGUUAGAAGAGUAGUUUCUUAAUAAAGAUCAAUGCUCUUUUGUUUCAAAAAAUAACUUUUAUCAGCUUACUAUCAGCUAAAUCACAGAGCUCCAUCUCAUGUUAUGAUCUUAUUUGCUCUGGCAUCAGACUAUUUUCUCACUGCACCAGGAUACCAGUUUUCAAAAAUCAUAAUCCCAUGACCUGAUAUUGCUUGUAAAAAGGCAAGAUAGUAAUAUCAUAAAAUGACUACUAACUAUAUUGUAUAGCCCACUAAAAAAGUAAUGGAUUCAAAACCUUUUCAGAUAUUGGUCUCAUUCUUUCCUCUCUUGUUCUCUGUUUUAAUAUUUUGAUGAACUAGCUAGAAAGUAAUGUUUAUGCUCCUGUAUGCAAUAUUCAGCACAAAAAGGCGACUGACAAGUCUCAUGAAAUAAAAGAAGCCUGAAGGAUCUUUGGGCAGAGAAAAUUCUGUUAUUGUUUUAACCACUAUAGGUAACCCUGCACCCUUUUACCUAUAUGACUAAUCAACAUUAAAAAGGGACAACACUUGGUGGUCUAUCCAAAGAAAUAGCAGAGUCUGAUGGAGCAGUGUUCAUCUAAAUUAGAGUUGUCAAUUGUAUUGGCCAGUCAGUCUCAUAAAAUAGUUUUGCCAAGAAAUGUUUUUUUUAAAUCACUAAAUCUUGAUAAAAAAAUUUCUUAGUACUCAUAAUUGGGAGUGUAUUGAAAUAGUGUGAUUGUGUGCACAAGUUCAAGGAGAAUGGGGAAUAGUUUAAAGACAAUCUUAAAGCUGGUCUUUAAGGUACCUGGCUCUAAAGCUCCUAGUCAGUGUGUAUACAAUUAAUUGUUAGGUUGAAGGAAGUUUUGUAUUUUGUUUCUGUCACUAAAUAUACUUUAGUUUUCUUAAAGAAUCGCUUCCUAAUUGUGUAGCUAAUACAUUUUGUUUGAAUAUCAGUGUGUAAAUAAAUACAUUUCUUUGUUAUUAUUUACCAGUGAAUUGAAAAUGAUGAGUAAAUGCGUAAUCUACCUGGCACCAAAUCUGUUCAGUUUGAUAUGUUUUGUUCCAUUCCUUUUAUACAAUUUAUUUGAUUAGAGCAUCUAAUAUACUUUCAAAUUUUUUAAAAAUCCAUUUCUAGUUAUACAUUAUAUUAUUUUCAGUGUGAUGAAUUUUGUUUACACAUUUUUUUUGUUCUGUGUCAGUACUUUGUUUCCUUUCAUUUGUACACUUGUCUUAGCAUUGCAAUAAUAUCACUUUGAACCUGUGUAACAUCUGUGUAUGUUGUUGGUCUAAAUAGCUUCUAAAAUAGCAUGACUCAACCUUUGAAAUUGUAUUUAGAAUCAGCGCCCACAUUGUGGGAAAUAGUUUGUAUUGCCCAACUAAUGUAAUGUAUUUAUAUACUGUGAUGGGAACAGUCUUUUAGGAAAUUUACUACACAAGCUGAGUUAACCCAAAAAAAGAGUCGUCAAAUAUUUUUUAAACUUUAUCUUCAAUUAUUAUUUUUAAUUGAAUUUAUAUAUAGAACAAAGGUUGCAUUGAGUAUUUAAAAAAAAGAAUGUUGGAAAUGACAGUACUUGUGCUUUUCUGCAUACACAAAAAUGUGCAUGCAGGACAAUUUUUAACCUAUUUAAAUAUAAUACUUAAAGUCUAACUUUGUUGCUGGUUUAAGCAGUCUGGACAUAUUAGAAUUGUGAUUUCAUGACAUGGUAACUUCUCUAUCAAACAACCCUAAUUAAAAUGUUACUGAUUUUCAACAAAAAAAAUGAGUGGAAAUUUUUGGAAAAUUCCCAUCAUUGUUAUAUAUUAUUGUUAAGCUUGCUUUCCAUUUAUGUAAUGUUGUCAUAUCUCAAAGCAAGCUAGAGAACUACUUGUACAAAGACAUUUGGUCCUUUUCAUUAAUAGAGAACCACUGGUACAAAGACAUUUGGUCCUCUUUAUUACUUUACAUGAACUUAUCAAGAUGAUUCACGCUGUUGUUUCCACUUGUUUUCAAGUCCAGAAAUAAUAAUCAUUCAGCUAUAGGUUUAUGGAGUGAGGGCAUUGUUCUGUCCAUACUAAAUCUGCAUCCAAAUUAUUUGCUUUACAAGUUUGUGAUGUUCCUUCAGAAUUGAAGAUUAUUACAAUUACCUGGCCCAAACCUCCUGUAGGAUGGCAGCGGGCUGGGUUUGAACUUGAGACCAUCAUGAUGACAGUCUGGUGCACAUACCCCACAACCAGAUUUACAUCACCUGUUUGAAAUGAAUAGAUCUUGGAGACUUAAGUCUAGGCUGGCUGUAACAGAGUCUUAUUCCAAGUGAUGGUCUUUUCAGAAUGAUUGAAAACAGUUACCACUCUUUGAUACCUAAACCAGUCGAAGCAAUAUUGUUGGCCAAACUGAAAUCUGUUGAACACCCUACUACAAUUAAAUACCUAGUUUAGCUGGUGCUGUGCCAUCAACUUUUUUAUUAAGUAUAUAAGGAUAUGUCAAACCACUUUUUUUCAUGUUUAAUUAAUCCACUUCUACACUAAGACUUACAAUUAUGGAAGCUAUUAUUAGGUUGUGUUUUUUUUUUUUUUUUUUUUGGGGGGGGGGGGGGUGUUAGAAUGUAUUUGUGUUGAACAUAGGGCCUAUAUCUGAAGAAGGGCAGCUGAGUGGUUAAUCGCUUGGCUUCCAAACCUGGGGUGCUGGGUUCGAAUUUCGGUGAAGACUGGGAAUUUGAAUUUCAGAAUUUUUAGGGCACCCCUGAGUCCACCCAAUUCAAGAGGGUACCUGAUUUUAGUUGGGGAAAGUAAAGGCGGUUGUCCUUGUGCUGGCCAUAUGACACCCUCAUUAAAUAUCAGCCAAAGAAACAUGAACAGAUAUCUGAAUGGAUAUUGUUGUUGUUUUUUUUCUAGUUUAUUUGCUAAAUAUCUAUAAAAUGAAAUGAAUAAAUUAUAAGUCUUUAUUAAAUGGGUCCUGUCAAAUCUGUACAUUUUCAUGCAUGUUUGACAGCUGUUUAGGUGGCAGGGUUUUCUGAUUAUCACAAUUUUCUAUCUAAUAUUUUGUUGUUUUCAUUCUAAUCAUGUGAUUGGCUAAAUAUUAUUUGACUUGUUUUUCCUACAUUGUAUAGGAUUGCCAACUUCAAAUAAACUGUUUGACUCAAAUA